CAUGGUUAGUUACUGUGCAUACAGUUGGACUACACGUUACCCGCCCUUAUCGAUUUUCCAAAACGGGGCCAACCCAGCGCUUUGGUGUUUACAGUUUACCCCGUGCUCAGUUCCGGCGGUCCAUCUGUCGCCAUCGGUAUCGCGUUCUCCAAGUUGGACAGCUGUUAAUAAUUAUUAUUUCACUCCUACAUUUUCGACAGAUUUGGCUCAACAGUUAUGCGUUUUGAACACGCGACGUACCCGGGCGAUGCACCUUUAGAAGAUAUUUGAAAGUCAUGUGUUUAACCACUAAACAUACACAUUUACGGUUAAAAACUGGCGUGUUGGAGACGAGUAAUUCGAUAUAUUAUUAUGCGUGUACAGCGGGAAGUGCAUGUCCGGACGGGAAGUCCGGACCGCUAUGGCCAGCGACCAUAGUGCCGGCGCGGCGGUGCGGUUGACUGUGAUAAAAAAAAAAAUACAAUUAUAAUUACAGCGGAAACAACGAGCGAUGGGCAAUCUGCAAAGCUCUUCGCCGUCGUCCCGUGGUGGCCCGAAGAGUCGGAACAAAAGGCAGUCGACCGGGUCCGGGACCACUCGGGAUUGGCUGAUGGGGGGUGCAAGGGCGCAACGGAAACCAGUCGUGCCGGCGGCGGCGGAGGCGGUGGGUCACGUGACCGUGACCAGUCGUGACCUCCGCCGGCAGGAGCAGCAGCAGCGGCGGCACACUCCCCCGGCCCGCGACCACGGCGAUACCGAUCACCACCAUCAUGCAGAUGAGCAGCAGCGGCACCAACAACAACAGCCGCAGCCGCAGCAACAACAACAACAACAGCAGCAGCAGCAGCACCACCGCCGCCGCAACGACGAGUCCAGUUCGGAGGACUCAGUGUUUGCCGAUCCGCUGACUAGUCCGCAGAGCGUGUACUCGGACGCCAGAGACGAACCGGACGACGAGUGCGCGAUGGUGAUCAACGGCGAUACGCUCGCCGGUGGUGCACGGGCGCCCACUCAAGCUUUUACUAUCGUCAAGCAUCGCAAAGUCGAACUCAACCCGACGAAAAUUCAAUCGGCCGCCAAUGGUCGGGUGCAGGUGGAUUCAGUCAGACGCAGCGCUGCCUCGCAGCUGGGCGACGGUCCCAAGGACGGGAGCGUCCUCAGGAGGGUCGCCAAGGUCACGCUGGACCAGGCAACCAAGUACCAGAAGCCAGUGAGGCCGAAACAUGUCCCCGAAAAGUUGGACUUCAAAAACCAAGAGAAGUUCGAAGGCCAAGUGUUGGUCAACUGGUUGGUGUCGUCUUUCGGGACAGAAGAUCUUCGCAGAGACGCCCGUGCGCUGAUCCCUCAAAUCUGUACGGAUCUCUUAACGGCGGGUGUAAUCAAACAGAUACGGGACAAAAAUGCGGUAGUCGGCGAGCUGUUUAGAUCAGACCUCAUGUACUACUGGGCCCGUUCUGAGCUGAUCAACUCGCCCGCGCAAUCACCUGGCCGUAUCGGUCAACAAACAUGGCUAACAGAUAAAAAUACAGGUGACGAAAACGGCAAUGGCGUUCAACCGCAGAAAACCUACGCGAAGCCCGAGGAGCUACAAGAAAUUCAAAACAAAACCGUCUCCAAACAGACGCCGCAAAAAAACUGCGUCGGAUCGCCGCACAAAGAAAACAUGCCGGGUAUUGAAAACAUAUCCGACUUCUCGCCGGUCUCCACCCCGGUACAGACAAGUCUGCCACUAAGGCGGAAGAAAUCUCUGACUUCGCUGGCCGACAAGUUCUCGUGCUUGUCUUUGGAACAGUCGCAGAUUCCGGUGAAGCAAACCAACGGGAACUCGGCCGACGACAAACCACUGGCAAAGAAACAAAACGGCGUGCAUUCGCCGACCAAACGAACGUCACCCUUGUCGACGCCCAGAAACCAUUCCUCGAAAACGUCUCCGCCGUCUAGUCCUAGCGCCAAUGAAGUUUCUGUGUACUACACGCCGGCCGGUGCUGCUGCAUCUCUGCCGGCAACGCCGGUGGGUUUCACCUUAAAGAAAAUCGUUUUCCCCGGCAUGUCGCCGAACCUCGACACCAGUGACACGAAUACCAUUGUGCACAACGAGGACUUGUCUCACAGCUUUUCGGAAGUGGCCAAAAACGAUUCUCUGAACAAAACCCCGACCUGCGAUUGGCCGGAGUCGCCGUCGAACGAUGCCGGGCCACGUUCAGAAAACACCAAUUGUCCCGUGCAAUCCAAAGUCAAGGUACAACCAACCUCGUCGCUUCUAAGGACCGACGACAGUCUCUCGUUGUCCUCGUCUUCAACAGUCGUUCCUGUAGCCAGUAUUAACCCUUCGUCUCCUGACAAACCUAUGAUACCGCCAGCGCCACCACUUCCUAUUUCGGAAAUCGCUCCUUCGCCCCCACCUCCACCUCCACCUCCGCCUCCGCCGCCACCCGAAGACAACAUUCCUCCUCCACCACCACCUCCACCUCCUCCCCAAUCGUGUGUUGAUAAUAUCCCUCCUCCACCUCCACCACCACCUCUACCACUGUCGUCUUGUGACACUAAUAUUCCUCCACCACCACCGCCACCUCCUCCUCCUCCCCCAUUUUCAAGCGGUGUUAAUAUUCCACCACCACCUCCUCCUCCGCCUUCUUGUGGUGCUAAUAUACCUCCACCGCCUCCACCGCCUCCGGGUCUAAACACGUCUAUUCCUCCUCCUCCUCCUCCACCAUCUCUCAAUGGUAAAGUUAACUCCGGAGCAAACGGUCCGCCACCACCUCCGCCGCCUCUAAAUGGACCAACGCCGUUUCCCGCACCACCGGUCGGUGGUUGGAACGCACAACGCGACUUGCUGCGGAAAAAACCCAUAAAUCCGCCAGUUCCAAUGAGACCGCUGUAUUGGACGAGAGUGAUAGUGAAAGAGCCCAUUGCUGAAAUUCGCACACCUAGUUCACCCGAUUCACCCGAUUGUCUGAAACCGUUGUGGAGUGAUUUGGAAGAGGCGCCGAUUCCAAAUAUAAACGAAUUUUCACAGCUAUUCUCACGUCAAGCAGUCGAACCGAAAGUGUCUAAGAAAAAAGUGUUGCAAAAAAAGAAAACUGAGGAAUUCAAACAAAUUUUGGACACCAAAAGGUCUCGAAACGUGGGAAUACUCGCCCAAAGUUUACAUUUGGAUUUCUCUGAAAUCGAAAACGCUCUUUACAAUUUCGAUACGUCGGUAGUAAGCGUUGAAGUGCUCCAACAAAUCUACGAAGUGGCGGCGACAGAAGAAGAGCUAAGUUUGAUCAAAGAACACGUGUCUGCUCAUCCGGACCAACCACUCGAUAAGCCCGAACAGUUCCUGCAUGAACUCAGCGAAAUCCCACACUUUGGAGAGCGCGUCGCCUGUCUGAUAUUCCAGUCUGACUUCAACGACGCUCUGAACAGCAUUGCCAGUAAAUUGAACAACAUGAAAGCAACAUCGGGGUUCUUGAUGACAUCGGAGGGUUUGAAAAAAGUGUUGGCCAUUAUUUUGGCUCUGGGAAAUUACAUGAACGGCGGCAACAGACAACGCGGUCAAGCGGACGGGUUUGGUUUGGAAAUCUUGCCGAAGCUGAGAGACGUUAAAAGCAAAGACAACUCUAUGACUCUGCUACAUUUCAUCGUACGAACGUACAUAUCUGAAUGCAACGAGCCAAUGAAAGAAACACUGCCUGUGCCCGAGCCCAGCGAUGUGGAUCGAGCAGCACACGUAACUUUUGACGAUUUGGAACAGGGUUUGAAAGACUUAAUAAUUAAACUAGUAGGUUGUAAGAAAAAAGCUGAUAAGGUGAUAAUGUCAUCGGCGGAAGACAGUUUGGAACCGUUUAAAUCCAAAAUGGAAUCGUUCAUUGCCACGGCGCGCACACAAUUAGACAACGAACGAGAAAAUUUAGAGGAAAGCAAAAAACUUUUCAUAAAACUAAUGCGGUUCUAUCAAUUCCACCCGAAGGAUAGCAAAAGUCUUACUGAAGUGGCGCCAAAAGAUUUCUUCCCCCUUUGGCUGCCGUUCUGUACGGACUUUAAGGACUUUUGGAACAUGGAACAACAGCGCAUCGUAAAAGAAAAGCUUUUGGAGAGUAAAAGAAAAACUAAAGAAAGGCAGCAACAAGUGAGAACGAACAAAAAAUCGCUUGUAGGAUUAAAAAACCAAAUCCAAUCAAAAUUUAAUUUAAGAAAUUAAUUUCCGCUAACGAAAAGAAACGUUUAAUCAAAUGUAAGACUGAAUGGACAGCAUAAAAAUAUUGCUUUAGUUAAAAAUACGCAAUGUCAGACGAGUGUUGUGGCGAAAACUCGAUUCGUUUAUAAUUAUUGUUAAAAAUAAGAAAAUAUUAUAUUGUACUAAAAAACAAAACUAUUAUUUUUUUUUUUUAAUGUGUAUGUUUCCAAGCCUAACGCAGUUAUUAUUAUAUGAUUACUAUAAGUUUAAGCAUCGAAGUUCAAACUAACGUAAACAAAUUAAUGUAUCACACCGGUUUUUUUUUCUUAUGUGGAUUUAAACACGUGCUAAGACUGACUAGAAAAGUAUAUUUAUAUAUUAUACAAUAUAUAUGAGUUAAUGUGUAAUGUGGGGAGAGUAGACGAGAUAAAAUUGUUUACCUGUGGCGACGACUGGUGCUCUGAACGUUUUUCCGGAUAAGUUAAGGAUGAAGUUCUCAAGCAAUAACAAAAAAGAGAAAAAACGGAUAUUGUGGCUGGUGGCCAGACUAGUUUUGACGAUACCUUUUAGUAUUCUCCGUUGUCACAUUACCACCACAUUAUUACCUAUAUAAUAUUUAUAACCGUUACAAUUUUAUACAUUAUAAUAAUAUAAUGAAUACAAUUUUUGUUUGUA